AUGGACUUUCAAGCGGCAACAGAUGCAAUCAAGUGCCGCGUCUUCCAGAUCGCGCUCACCGGUAGCGCGCGCCUGUGGUAUCGAAGACUGCCGGCUAGGUCGAUCUCGACCUACUCUCAGCUGAGAAAGGAGUUCAUCAGUCAGUUCUCUUCUCGGCAUUAUGACAGAAAGACAGCGACUCAUCUCGCCACUAUCAGGCAGAAGGAAGGAGAGACGCUGAGAGARUAUGUCACGAGGUUCCAGGAGGAGCAGUUGAAGGUCGCGCACUGCUCCGAUGAUUCGGCCAUGUGCUACUUCCUCACCGGCCUGGCCGAUGAGACCUUAACAGUAAAACUUGGAGAGGAGGCUCCAGCCACCUUCGUCGAAGUCCUGCAGAAGGCGAAAAAAGUCAUUGAUGGACAGGAGCUCUUCCGAACCAAAACUGGCCGACCUGAAAAGCAGAUCGACCAGAAGAAAUUGAACCAGGAAACGAGGAGGCUUGAUGUCAAGUCCAAGGAUAAGGGACAAUCCUCCUCCARUAGCCGAAUUGAGUAUCGCAGGUCGGACGGYGGCCCCAAUCGAAGCCGACCUUACGAAYGUUAUACCCCGACCACCAUCCCAAUCUCUGAAAUACUUACAAAUAUUGAGGAAACUGGGAUGGAAAAGCUCCUCAAGCGACCUGAGAAGCUUCGAGGAGAUCCAGAAAAGCGCAACAAAGAUAAAAAACUGAGUAUAAGCCACCUCAGUUCGUCCCCUGCGCAUCCAAAAGCAAAUGGGCAGGUUGAAGCCGUAAACAAGAUCAUAAAGCAAGGACUCAAGCUAAGGUUGGACUCCAGAAAGGGAAGGUGGGCCGAGGAGGUACCUGAAGUUUUGUGGUCAUAUCGAACCACCCCAAGAGAGUCAACUGGCGAAACUCCGUUCUCGCUAGCCUUUGGCUCCGAAGCUGUUGUACCAGUCGAGAUCGGCAUACCAACAGACAGGGUAGAACAGUACGAGCCAACAAAGAACGAGGAAAAGCUACUCCUUAACCUGGACUUAUUGGAAGGGAAAAGGGAAAUGGCCCAGCUACGCUUGGCAGAGUAUUAG